UAUAUAUAUAUAUAUAUAUAUAUAUACGAGUGGAUUGUAGGUAGUCAUUUAUUUGCUGUAUUUGGAUUGACAGUGUCAUCAAGGUCAUCCUUUUGCAACACACAGUUAUGAACCUUACGCGGAUUGUAGACUAAGUUCCUUAACUUGGCACCGCGAUGUAGCAAAUGGGAAGCGACCCUAAGAUAUAUGGGGCUAAGUAUAGUUAUGAAUUUCAAAUUGCACCGUUUCUCGGUGCAAGAACUAAAUUUCUCCUCAAGCUGACAAACUAAAAGGCAGUUUCCAGAAUUGUGUCUUAUUUGAUUUUCCUAUUUUCUUCAGGUAAACUACAAGUGCAGUUAGAAGUUAGCUGUUGCGGAAUCUUUCUUUUUGGUCACGAAACCUGGACGCGACAUGUACACGCCGAAAGUUGCGUGCUCAUGCAGUUUUCCAACGCUCCGUAGUGCUCUUAUAAAGCUGUCAGAUGUGCCACCUUCAUUUCGACCAACAGAUGGAAAGGAACUGAAAAUGAGUCGCUGCCCUAGUCGAUUAUUGCGAAAACUUGUUGGAUACAAUACCGAUGUCACCGGCGAUUCUGAUAGGAAUUCUUCAGCCCGACCAUCUCGAUUAUGUUCAGAAGAUCUACUGGAUUGGUGCUUGAACAAUUCACUGACUGAGUUGUUUCAUCCCCUAUCGAAUCGAAGAGGAAAAGGAGAGGAACGGAUGUCUAACUCCAACCCAAUCGAAGUAUAUGCCAGCCACUUGCUAGACGAAAAACCAAUAAAGCCUGAUAAGGUAUUGUGUGAUUUGAUACAGAAGGUUAGUAAACAAGAUAGUUCAAAAACUUUGAAGAGGAUGCUUAUUGACGAUGCGAUUGAUUCAGAUAGAACAACUCCACACUUCGGCAUGCCGUCUCCGCGUAAGAAAGGUAAUUCAAAAAUGUCCUCGGAACACGUCGAUAUGGAUGAGUACGAUACAGAUGUUCACAGUACCUGCGGGAUAAAUGAGUUUCCGGAAAAUACUCACCAUCUUUUGAACCUCACGUAUGGCAGUCCACGAGCGACAUCAAGCGGGUUGCCCGCCGGAGCUGUCUCUGAGAAUGCAUCAAGCGGUUUUGAUGCUGUCAUUGACCUUGCAUUGGCCUCCGAGGAGGCCGGGUCAUUCGACUUACCAGAAUUACAUGAAGCCUUUUUGAAGUUUUUCGAAGAGGGCGCAGUAUCCGACGAACUUGAUGAUUAUUUCACCAAGGUUCUCGAAUCAGAGGGUUUGCAUUGUUUUGAAACCAAGAAUGGCAGCAGGACCUGCCAUUUGAAGGAGAUAUCGACCACGAAUUCUUCGCGCGGAGCAACCAGCGACCAAAGAUGGAUCAACAGACGGAUCCGGAACAAUGAGGCCUCACGGCGCUGCAGAGCCUCUCAAAAGGCUCGUUUUCAGACGCUCUUGGUACACCUGGAGCAGCUUCGUUGUGAUAAGCGAGAACUCUGUAUCUGGAUGCGAGAGUUACGUUUAGCAAUACGUGACGCAAAGCUUGUACUGAUGGGUGCCCGUGGAGGAUCCGUUCGUGACAUUGCUCAUAAUUGAAAUAAAUCGUGACAUCAGAAUAGACCAAUCGAUGGCCGUACUACCGUAUUCUAAAUCGCUUCACAAAUUUGUGACUCCUGUGCAACCUGAUAUUUUUAUUCUGUGAUAACUGUAUUUUUGGAGCUGCUUCCUUUAUAUGCAGCUACAUGAUAGUGC